UGACGAACCUCACGCCUCCCAGGUUCCAUCCGAAGGUGUGCGGAAAGAGAGCACACUGAGGGAAACAGAGCACACAGACACACUCUAGAGAAAUAAUGCGGGCAAUCCUAGCGGCGCAAGACGACCACCGCCCCUAGUCAAGGUUUUAGAAAAGAUGCAUCCAUUACCACCGCCACCAGCAGUAUCCACGAGUACUUCCUAUCCGCCUAUGCUGCUAUGCUCUCGUGCCUGUCGCUCGCAGAGGAAGACUACGAUAACUACGUAAUAUCAUUGUUGUUUGUUGUCGCUAUAUGUGGAAGACACACACAGCAUGGCGGAGGAAUCAGCUCAUGCCAGUGCCAAUGCCAAUGGCGAAGUUGAUGAGCGCGAUCACAAUCAUUCGCUGGGUCGACAGCAAGCCGUGGACCUGCCAGCGCUGACUUCUACGGGGAGGGCGAUUCAGGCUUGCGAUCGGUGUCGGUUUAAGAAGGUUCGAUGCGAUGGCACGGUUCCGACUUGUGGGAGGUGCAAAACGGCGGGCCUCGAGUGCCUCACUACGGUCAAACUCAAUCGCAAGUCCUACCCAAGAAGCUAUACCGAAUCCAUUGAAGAACGUCUGCGGCAGUUGGAAGCGGAGGUCCAUAAGCUACGCGUGGGCAAUGACAAUAAAGAUAAACGCAUUAAGGAAUUGGAAGCUUCUGGUGCAGCUUCUACUCCCUGGCAAUCGACAACAGCCAAUCGCCCUGAGAGUGUACCAAAGCUUGGCCCAAGACCAGCAACAGACGAGCCUCUUUCUCGGGAAGUCGGGCGCAUGAACCUUGAUCGAAGAGGGAUAGGUCGUUUUAUGGGAUCUUCAUCUGGGGUAUUCUUUAUAGGAACCGCUGAGCAAUGUUUUGCCAACAUCCCCAACCACGCUGCGAAGAAAAUUGGGGAUUCCUUGCUUAGGGUCGAUGUGGAUGAUCAGUCGACCGAGUAUCCCGUUCUUCAUGCUGUUGACUCUGCGGCGACUUUGGCUCCGCUACCUCCCCGUGAAACUGCUGAGCGGUACAUUGAUGUCUGGUUCGAUGCUUGGAGACACAUUUUCCCCAUUCUGCAUCGCCCAUCUUUCACGAAUUCCAUAAAUCAUCUCUAUGACAGCCCUAUCUCUGAAUGUGAACGCUCUGUUCGAGGGAUUUUCUAUCUAAUACUAGCCCUUGGUUGUCGUCAUCUUUUCCUCACGGGUGAUGCUGGUGGUGGAAAGCCCACUGUCAGGAGCAAUCAGGAGGAUAUGGAGUAUUACAGCCAUUCAUCUAAAUACCAUAAUGAUAUUCUAGCACUGAAUGAUCUUACCACCUUGCAGUAUCAGGAACUGCAGACUUUGUGGUUUUUAUACACUGGAAAGCGCAGUUUGGCGUUUCAAAUGACUGGGAGUAUGACUCGCCUAGCGCUUGAGCUGGGUCUGCACCGACAUACAAGGCGAUUUCAGUUUGGUCCAUUGGAGACGGAAUUAAGGAAGAGGGCCUUCUGGGUGUGCUAUAUGCUUGACAACUUUGUCUCCGCUAUUCAUGGACUGCCAAAGUCCUUUCGCGAUCAAGAUAUCGAUGUCGAACUACCUUCGGAUGUUGACGACGAUUUCGUCAACACAAGUGGCUACUUGCUUUCCCUACCAGGCGAGCCUACUGGGAUGCUAACGUUCGUCUCGCUGAUCAAAGUUGUUCGCAUUCUUUCCAAUACUCUCGAAAUCCUGUACACUACAACCGAUAGGAGACAAACGGUCACCAAAAUCAAGAUGAUCGAUAGAUUGCUUGACCAGUGGAUCCAUACCCUUCCAGAUCACCUUCAGCUAGGCCCAGACGCUUUUACACAACCACCACUGUCGGCAGAUGGAGUUCUUACGCUUAUCGAGCCAUCAAUUGCCUUCUUACAUAUAUCCUACCUGUACACUCGACUUUCCGCGCACCGUGUUGCACUCUCUUUCUUUCCAUCGCAACCACAGUAUCGCACCUCGCUCAUGAUAUGCAUGGACGUCGCUAAAGAACUGACAUUUUUGAAUUCUCGUUCCCGGCGAUGUUUACUCGUGUUCGAUGUCAAUCCCGGUUCACAUGUUUAUACUUUGUGGACAUGCGGGUUGCUCUCUCUAUUCGGCAUACAUGGAUUUCAAAACGGGAAUCAGAAGUUUGAACUAUCCACGAAAUCCAGUGAUGACGCAAAAGCAUCGCUGUCAGCGUGCGUCGAUCUUCUCGAUGCACUUGUGGCAGCUGGUCGAGAUGGGGAGAAAGUUCGGUCCGAUAAUUUACGAUAUAUAUCAGCGGCGUUUUCGGAUUGUCAAAUCUCAGAGUCCAAUACAAUGAAAACCGACCAGCGCGAAACAUGGCACCAACCACCUCCACCUGUUUUACAACAGCAGCUUCAGCAGCAAUCAGUGGAUAUCACACAUACACCGUCGUCCUCAAACCAAUCACCCCCCGUUCCCACUCCUCCUGCGCAUUUCCCCCAGUUCCCACAACAUUCAAUAUACGGACAUCCGUCCCCAAACAACUUACCUACCCCAGAUACCCAAAUGCAAAACUCUUCACAACCGCACCCACAACCACCACCCCCACAUCCACAAACAGACAUGCAAUCCCCCGGCCUAUCCCGCCUAGCCAUGUCCGCCACCUCCCCGUCCUUUAUAAACACCUUCAACAUCGACUUUUCCAGCCCUUUCUCCCACCCUUACGACCGCAUCUCCGAUGCCUUCCCCCCAUCCGCUGCUCCCGACAACGGCACCAACAACAACCAGCAAAUCGCUUCUGGCUUAACACCCCCGGCACAUCAUCAACAUCAGCCACACACACAACAUCCCCAGCAUCCGCACCAGCACCAGCACCCACACCCUCACCCUCAUCAGCGCCAGCACUCGAUGCGGCAGGUCUGGGAUGACCCUGUCUUCAACUUGCCAUCGAUUAUGCAUGUGUCUGAGGCGGGGGAUGGUGGGGAUGGUGGUAAUAAUAGUGCUUCGUUUCCUAUGCUGGAUAUUUCAAGUGCGGAGCCAGUUGGACUUGGGGAUGGUGGUGGAGAUGCGGGUGGGAGUGGGGCUAGGAACGGGGCGAGGAAGAGGGCUAGAGUUGGGUCGUCCGGUUGAGUUCUUUUCGUUCUCCUUUUGUUAUGUUUUUUUUGGUUUGAUUUUGGGAUUUGGUAUUUUUGAGGGCGCUGGAUGCUGGAAGCUGGAUUGUACUUGGAGUUUUAGCUAAUUGAGAAUUAUCUCCAAUCUUUGUACAUUUUUUGAGCUCUUGGCAUUUUUUCCGUUUCCUUCCUUGUUUGCUUUAGCGAUGUUGUUGGAGGAUAUAUACAUCUAGAUAUACAUGUUUUGGGUUCCAAAUCUCCUUAUUUAUUUACUGCUUAUUAUAGACCGCCCUUUUUAACCUUAUUAAGCGUUUGCAUUUCUUACUUUUUUGCCAAAUUUUGAGGUUUUCUUUUUCUUUUUCUUUUUCUUUUCUUUUCUUUUCUUUUUUUUUUUU